GUGUGUGUCUGUGUGCGUGUGUGUGUGUGUGUGUGUGUGUGUGUGUGUGUGUGUGUGGAGGCAUCGAGCGGUCCGCAGAUUUCCCCAGACUCCCAGGGAGCGCCGGAUCGUCCACCACCUCCACCGCUCCCAGACUUGCCAGAGUUUCCCAGACAACAGAAAGAUGCCACUAGGUGAACAUGGAAAUGGCUGGAAAAAGAAGACAUCAGAUAUUAAAGACAACUACGACUUCAAGGAAGUCCUGGGAACGGGUGCUUUCUCAGAGGUGGUUCUGGCAGAGGAGAAGCAAACCCAGAGGCUGGUGGCUGUGAAGUGCAUCCCCAAGCAGGCACUGGAGGGGAAGGAGAACAGCAUUGAAAAUGAGAUUGCUGUCCUCCGCAAAAUAAAACAUGCCAACAUUGUUUCACUGGAGGACAUCUUCGAGAGCAAGUCCCACCUGUAUCUUGUUAUGCAGCUUGUAUCUGGUGGUGAGCUCUUUGACCGGAUUGUGGAGAAAGGUUUCUACACAGAGAGAGAUGCCAGUAAACUUAUCCAGCAAAUUCUGGAUGCUGUCAAGUACCUCCAUGAUAUGGGCAUUGUGCACAGGGACCUGAAGCCAGAGAACCUCCUAUAUGACAGCAUGGAUGAGGACUCCAAGAUCAUGAUCAGUGACUUUGGGUUAUCCAAAAUCGAGGGGUCGGGGAGCGUCAUGUCCACAGCGUGCGGGACGCCUGGAUAUGUUGCUCCUGAAGUUUUGGCUCAGAGGCCGUACAGCAAGGCGGUGGAUUGCUGGUCCAUUGGAGUCAUCUCCUACAUCCUUUUAUGUGGAUAUCCUCCGUUUUACGAUGAAAACGAUGCCAAGCUCUUCGAGCAGAUCCUGAAAGCAGAGUAUGAGUUUGAUUCUCCAUACUGGGACGACAUCUCAGACUCAGCCAAAGAUUUCAUUAUGCACUUAAUGGAGAAGGACCCCCAGAAGAGAUACACUUGUGAACAGGCCUUGCAGCAUCCCUGGAUCUCCGGGGACACGGCGCUAGACAAGAACAUCCAUGAGUCCGUCAGCGCUCAGAUCAGGAAGAACUUUGCCAAAAGCAAGUGGAAGCAAGCAUUCAACGCCACGGCCGUGGUCCGACACAUGAGGAGGCUGCAGCUGGGGACCAGCCAGGAAGGACCCAGCCAGACGACGCCCUCCAGCCCCUGCCCAUGUGCAGAGUCCGGAUGCAGGAGCACCAACGGUAGCAUGGAGCACACUGGGCUGCACGCUUGUGGAUACUGCUGCCACCCCACCAGCUAAGUCUGAGCAGAGCCACGUGGCCAUGCCAGCUUUUUUCACUGAUGCCCAGAGCCCCGCAGUCUGGCCAGGAUCACAGUUUUUUCCAACAGUUUCCAUCAGGGGGCAAUAUUGUCUAAAGAAACCAAGGGGAGGUGGGACACCGUGCCACAGAAGACAUUUGGGCACGAGUAGAAUAGGCAACCGACAGGCCCAAAGGUUUCAUACUAAAUAUUCUGACAUCCAGGCUCUGGCAGUUUCCCUCCAGUUGAAAGACUGUCCCUGGAUUUGCUAUUUUUUCAUUAUUUCAGGUAUUUCUAAACAGCCACUAAUACUUACAUCUCUAAUUUAUGUAGGAUUAAAUACGUUAAUAUUUCUGUGGGCAAAAGGUUUGCUGCACGUAAACCCCACAUUGUUGUCAAAGUUAAGAACUGAAGGUUUUUUCUAACGGUCAGGCAACUGUAUCAGGAAUAGACAGAGGUAUUGUAACUUUUGAUAAGCACUCAGUCAUUAACCUUACGAUGAACUCAUACAGCUUAUUUUUUGGUUUGAUGUUACAGUAUGUAGGCAGUGUAUCCUAGAGGAUGAUUCAGUUGAAUCACUCCCUUUAUUUUUAAUCUGUCGCAGAUGUCAGGUUUGGCUUCUACAAAAUUAACAAAUGUCUCAUUAUUGUAUCUUCUACUGAUAUUUUAACUCUUUCAGUCCUCUGUGAGAAUAACACAGAGCUUAAAUAGAUAUAAAAGAUUAACACUCCAGCAAAGCAUAUUGACAGGUGUUUUCAGCUAAAUCAGAAUGCCUUUAAUUUCCUUUGGGGCCUCAAGGUUUCUUUUUUCUUUGCCACACAUUUUUCGAAUCAAGAUAGACAUUUACGUUUACGUAGUUAAAAUAUAUUUUUCGCUUCAAAACAUUUUCUUAAAUCCGCUCGAGUCAGAAAAUUGAUCAUGUGGUUUCAGACUGUGCUUACAGAAAAUGCAAGUUAAAAAACAAAAGGCAGAAAAUCUAUUAUCUUAUUAACUCAUUUGUACUCAGUCAAUGUUGUGGACCUUAGUGGUGGAUAUGAGUUUUACUUUUGCCAUUCAGUAUAAGCUUUCUUGUCAAAACAUGGUCAUAGGGAUUGAUGAUCAGGAGACUAUUUUAUAAAUGUUGGAGUAUGUAAAGAAUGUGUUAUACAUAUUAGUCUGCUUCACAGUGGAAGAAUCAGGGUUCGUGGGAGUUGUGUCUUACAAGGUUGUGUUAUAAUAAGGGAUCACUAAUUCAGGUUCAUAAUCCUGUAACCAUGGAUUUAUGUUCUUUCUCAUGGGAAAAACAUGAAAAUGCUAAAGGUCUUGAACUGACAUUGGUUUACAAACAUUCAGAGUGGUCAUUUGCUCAGUUUAACCAUCUCAACAUCUUUUAAUAAUCCAACAUACUUUUAGUGUUUUAUAUUUUACUGAAAGUGAAAUCUGUAUUCUUAUUUCACAUUAUUUUGUUGGUUUAUCUGAAGUGCCACAUGGCGUCUGUACAGAAAUAACUUGAAUUAAAGGAAUGAUUCAAACAUCUCAUUGCCUCAUUUCACCAUUUCAUUGCCAGCCUCCCAGUUCUGGAUGUUUAGCUUCAAAUGACAUCAUCUCCAAAUAUGAAAAUCUGUUUGUGAGACUUAAUAUCUAUUUGUGGAAUUGUAAACUGAAAGACAAAGCUGUUUGAUAUUUUAAUUCCGCUUUAAAUGUAUUAGAUGAAAUAAAUUCUGCUACAUGUCAUUAUAGAUAUUCAGUGGAAAAGUAUGCAGGACAUCUGUGUUGAUGCUAAACAUGUUACAAUCAGAGUUUUUACCAUGAGGAUUCCGUCUACGACCACUGUCACACAUCGGCCGCAAGGGGGUUUCAGCUGAACCUCUCCUGAGUGGCUGCAUGUGUGUGUGUGUGUGUGUGUGUGUGUGAAAUCAAAAUGUCUUGGGUGACUACCUGUCAUGUGCACUACGCUGUGCGUGAACUCCUUAUUCAUGAGCGCUCUGUAGAAUUUAUAAUUUCCAACAUCUUUCAGCUGGUCCUUCCCUUACGAAUAAAAGCUAACCUCAUGUCAGAACUAUCAUGCUUGCUUACUCAGCCAGAGAAUGUCAUUCUCCUAGUGUGCACACUCACAUGCAUUGGAACAUGCUCGGUCUCACCCUUUUCAUUUCUUCACAGUACGGUCAUACGUACGGUGUGACAUAGUGGCUUGCAUGAACAGGUGAAUGAGUGAUGACAACACUUGGACUAUGGUGCAGAGCUCUAUUGCUAAUACUAAGUGCCUAUGUGUGCAUCACCUUUCUUCCAUUUGUACUGCAGCAGCUGCUCGUGGCUUUGGCACUUCAACAAGUUGUCUAAGUAACAUGGCUCGUAUUUAGUAUAGAAAAUGACGCAUUUAAUCGCUGGAAUCUGGGCUGUGUGCUGUGCUAUGUACCAGAAGGGUGUUGGUUUGGAACAAUAGCUGGACUGUGUGUAAAUAAAUGGUUUCUCUAUUAUUGUGCUAUUGAAGGGAAUGUGCAGUGCUGCUUGAAAGUAUGUGAGGCCCUUGUGUCCUUCAGUUUUACCACAAAAUGGGUAUUUAAUGAGAUUCAGUCUUUUUUAUGUGACAUAAAAGGUGUGCAAUGACUAGUUCCACAUGUUGCUUUAGAGGAAAUCAUGUGUGUAGCAGAAAAACAGAAGUAGUGCAGGUGCAAAAUAAAGUGGCGGGGGGCAGCUGGAAGUAUAGUGGUUCGAGUUGCUGUCUCUGGACCCAAAGGUUGCAGGUUUGAAUGCCACCUCUAGCUGCUGUACCCUUGAGC